AUGAAGGGGCGGAGUGACGCCGUGGAGGGGAAAGGGAGGAGCGGUUUCUUGGACGCUGACAUGGAGCCUAGUGGCGCCAACGGCGUGUUGCAGGGAGACGCGGCGCACCUUGACGGUGCCGCAUUGCCCACCGAGGAUGGACCAGGAAUGCCGCAGGUCACGGUUGACCCCACGAAAGAUUUGUGGCAGAAUAUUAUACUCAACACGAGGGAGAACCAAGUCACACAGACGGAGGUGAAUGUGUUGAUUGUUGGGACCUCCGGUAGUGGGAAAACCAGUCUCCUGCGUCGUAUUUUUUCCGGGGUGAACACCUCCAGCUCCUCCGUUCCCAAGAGUUUUCUUCGGGUGAAGCCCACAACCGCUCUGGAUUACUCCUUUGUCAGGCGUAAUGACCGGCACAUCGCACAGGUGGCACAUUUCUGGGAACUGGCGCAGGGGAUGGAGUUGUCGCAGCUUUGCGAGGUGGUUAUCACGCCGGAGAAUGUGCACACGAUGGUUCUUGCUAUUGUGGUCGAUUGUAGCGAGCCAUCGACCAUGUGGGAUACUGUGGUUUACUGGAUGAAACGUGUGGACCGCCGUGUGAUAGAAAUUUUUCAAAAGAUGCGCGCCAAGGGAUCGGCGACGCCGGACAAACUGCUGAGUCGAGCCAAGCGCCUGGUGGGCAUGGAACACCCCGACUUGAAUCGUCUGCGUCUGUCUGGGGUUCCAACCAUGAUCAUCUGCAACAAAUUGGAUGCCUUUGCGGGGGAAAUGACGAUGCUGAAGACCUUGGUUCGCUCCAUGCGUUUCGUUGCGCACAUUUACGGCGCGUAUUUGGUUUUCACAAGUGACGCGGAGGCAAUAAAACUGCGUGACGU